UAAUAACAGCGGUGUGGAGUGGACGCUACAUUCACACCAUUCAAGACUUGAGUUAGCUGAAUUGGCAGAGCAAUGCAGGCCCAGGAUCUGAUCCGACACCUGCGGGUGCCUGAGCUGGACGACGUGAGGCAGUAUGUGCGCAGUUUACCCACUAACACCCUCAUGGGCAUGGGCGCAUUUGCUGCCAUCACCACAUACUGGCUGGCCACCCGUCCCAAAGCCCUUAAACCACCCUGUGACCUCGCCAUGCAGUCCGUGGAGGUACCGGGUAGUGAAUAUGCUCGUCGGUCUAUCCUAUUGGACAGUGACACAUACAUGACAUACUACUAUAAAGACGCUCGGACAAUGUAUGAGUUUUUCUUACGAGGACUAAGAGUGUCAAAUAAUGGACCUUGUUUAGGAUCACGAAAAGCGAGCAAGCAAUAUAAAUGGCUGUCGUAUAAAGAGGUAGCAGACAGAGCAGAGUUUGCAGGUUCAGCAUUACUCCACAGAGGUCACAGUCAAUCGGGAGACAAAUACAUCGGCAUCUUUGCACAGAACAGGCCAGAGUGGACGAUUUCAGAGCUGGCAUGUUACACAUAUUCACUGGUGGCAGUGCCACUGUAUGACACACUGGGUACAGAGGCCAUCAGCUACAUCAUUGACAAAGCCUCCAUCUCCACUGUGAUCUGUGAUCUCGCGGAAAAAGCUCGUCUGAUCUUGGACUGUGUGUCUGGCCGGAAGCACAGCGUCACAACCAUAGUGAUCAUGGAGACCUUUGACAGUGAGCUGACUGCACAAGCACAACAGAACGGCAUUGAAGUUUUGAGCCUCAAGGAGCUGGAGGCUAUUGGCAAAGUCAACCUCAAGACUCCCAUUCCUCCUAAACCAGAGGACCUGGCACUGAUUUGCUUCACAAGUGGAACUACAGGAAAUCCAAAGGGAGCAAUGCUUACACAUGGAAAUGUUGUUUCCAAUUGUUCUGCUUUCAUUAAAGUUACACAGGUUCAUUGCAUGCUUAACCAGACCGACAUUCACAUUUCUUACCUACCACUAGCACACAUGUUUGAGAGAGUGGUUGAGGGUGUGCUUCUGGUCCACGGAGGCAGGAUUGGAUAUUUUCAGGGUGAUAUCCGUCUGCUGAUGGAUGAUUUGAAGACUCUUAAGCCCACUGUAUUUCCUGUAGUGCCAAGACUACUCAACCGCAUGUUUGAUAAGAUCUUCGGACAGGCGAACACUCCUCUCAAGAGAUGGCUGCUGGAUUUUGCCACCAGCAGAAAAGAGGCGGAGCUAAGAAGUGGAGUUGUGAGGACGGACAGCAUGUGGGAUAAACUGAUCUUUAGCAAAGUGCAGGCCAGUCUGGGUGGGCGCGUGAGGCUAAUGAUCACAGGAGCUGCUCCCGUCUCUCCCACCGUCCUCACCUUCCUGCGAGCAGCGCUGGGCUGCCAGUUUUAUGAGGGUUAUGGGCAGACAGAGUGUACCGCAGGCUGCACAAUGUCACUUCCUGGAGACUGGACAGCAGGUCAUGUGGGAGCGCCGCUGCCCUGUAAUUUUGUUAAGUUAAUGGAUUUGGCUGAAAUGAAUUAUUUUGCAGCCAAUGGAGAGGGAGAGGUGUGUGUGAAAGGACCUAAUGUGUUUCAAGGUUACCUGAAGGACCCAGAGCGAACUUUAGAAGCCGUAGAUAAAGACGGCUGGCUGCACACUGGAGACAUCGGCAAAUGGCUACCGAAUGGAACUCUGAAGAUUAUAGACAGGAAAAAACACAUAUUUAAGCUGGCUCAAGGUGAAUACAUCGCUCCAGAGAAGAUUGAGAACAUCUACAUGCGUAGUGACCCUGUGGCCCAGGUCUUUGUACAUGGAGACAGUCUACAGGCAUGUUUAGUGGGUAUUGUGGUUCCUGAUCCAGACUUUCUGCCAGGAUGGGCAAAGAAAAGAGGCAUUGAGGGCUCCUACACUGAAAUGUGCAAAUGCAAGGAACUGAAAAAUGCCAUCCUAGAGGACAUCAUUCGGCUAGGGAAAGAAGCCGGACUGAAGUCUUUUGAACAGGUGAGAGACAUUGCCCUGCACGUGGAGAUGUUCUCUGUUCAGAAUGGACUCCUCACACCAACUCUGAAAGCAAAGAGAUCCGAGCUGAGAAGCCACUUCAGGGAGCAGACUGACCAGCUCUAUGCCAAAAUCAAAAUGUGAACACUGAGAGUGACUGAACUAGAACACCCCAAAACACGCAUACUUGCAAUGUGUUGAUGAUUAUAAAGGAGGUGCUCCAGUUCUGUCAUCUUAUUGCAUAAGGACCACUGCAGAUGUUGAUACUCUCGGACUCACUGAAGCCUAAUUGAAGUACUUUAGUCAUUUCUACCACUUGGAGGUGCCAGCGUCGUCUCUCAAAAGAGGUGAAGUACGGCCCCACCAGCGAAGCACAUACCGGACAUUUCAUGAGCUCUGCUGUUCAUCUGUGAUGACAAUUCAAGAAAACUGGAAGUGAACCACCCCAAUGCCUUAGGCCAGUGAAUGCCUUGAGUCUAAUAAUCCAGAACACACGCAAGAUCAUAUAAAACAAAAUGAAAGGCUGAUACUCGUGUGCCAAAAACGUGCUGACAGGUUUCUGAUUUGUAAACCAUGUGCAGAUAUUUUCAACAAAACCUAUUUAAAAUAUAGUGAUUCCCAAUAAACUUAUGUAAAUGGAUAUUCCAUUCACAAUGCUUAUUUAAAUGUAGGAUCCUUAUUGUGUCACAAUGAUUCUGUUAUGAUAAACCAUGUGUUUGACACAGACUCAUAUUUCCAUAUCUGAAUAAAUGAUUUCCACUGAAUUUGACAGUAGAAUGACAUCACAAACUGGUUGUGGUUGAUGCUCAGAUUCCACUAACAGCCCUUUGAAAUCUCGCUCCAUCUCAAACGUGCCUCUCUCGUGGAGAUUAAAGCUUGUAUAUAGGUUAUCUAUUUAUGUUUGUACAUCUUUUAAUGUAUUCUGGUUCAUGUAAAUUGUGCUAAAGUUUAUUUGUAGCAUGUGGGUGUGAGACAGAAAUAAAUUGAUGGCAUU